CCUGCGCAAGCAUUACGCGGACUGAUGAGGAGAGUAGUGAAGUGAGUGUUAAGAGAAAGAAGGCGGACAUUUCGAAGAAUUUUUGGGCAUCCCACUUCACCUUCUCCUCCAACUUCUUUAUUUGGACUACUCACAUUCUCUUUCUCUCUCCAUAUUUUUUUCCCUCUAGAUCUCUCUUUCUCUCUCUCUUUCCUGCAUAACUUUUGUGUUAUUUAGCUCAUUUUCAUGGAGACUGCCGCCUUCCGUUUCUCUGCUGGCAGCAUUUCACAUCCAUGCUCAUCAUUUGAGAAACCCGGUCUGGCUGCCUGGCCCGCUGUUGUGCAGUCCCGUUGUCGAGCCCUCACUGCCGGAAAGCUCACCUCUUUUUCAAGGCAGGCAAGAAUUGUUGUGUCAUGUGCAAAGACACCUGAAAAGACUGCGCCAUCCAAAUCCGAUGUUUCGCUUGAUAACAUAUCAAAAGGCUCAAUAGAGAAACGCGCUUUGCGCACCACUUUCCCCAGCGCUUUUGAGGCAUUGCUUUUGGAAGUGUGUGAUGAAACAAGUGUUGCUGAAGUACAGCUAAAGGUUGGAGAUUUUGAGAUGCAUCUAAAGAGAAAUGUUGGAGCCGUGAAUGCUCCAGUUCCAGUUGUGCCACCUGUUCCCACUGAACCCAUGCUUCAAUCAACUCCUGCUGUGCCUUCAACAUCAUCCCCAAAACCUUCUCCUGAAAAGUCCAGUCUCUUUGCAAGUGCCUCCUCAGCAGUAUCUUCGAAAUUGGCUUCUUUGGAAGCCUCUGGAGUCAAUGGAUUCAAAUUAGUAACAUCACCAACAGUGGGCUCGUUCCGGAGAGGCAGAACAGUAAAGGGGAAAAGACAGCCUCCAAACUGUAAGCAGGGUGAUGUUAUUAAAGAGGGCCAAGUGAUUGGCUACAUUGAUCAAUUUGGAACUGAGCUUCCUGUCAAGUCAGAUGUAGCUGGUGAAGUCCUGAAGCUCCUGUUUGAGGAAGGAGAAGCUAUUGGCUAUGGUGACCCACUUAUUGCUGUUUUGCCAUCAUUUCACGGCCUCAGUUGAACAAUUCCUCAUUGCCUGUGAUUCUGCAGUCAUACUUCUCAUUUUCAAACAAAUGCCGUAGUGUAUUCACUUAGUUGAAGUCUUGCUUAUCCUUUUAUUGGUUUUAUACCGUGUAAUGUUCGGAGGUUAUAAGAGAAUGUAGAUGUAGAUAACGGUUGCCAUUCAGCAGCAUUUUGAAUCAAAAGAUUAGAACAUUUGGCUCAUUUUUGUUCUUCCUUUUUUUUUUUUCUUAAGUUGGAUGAAACAGAGUACGUUAUAUCGAUUUGUAUUGGGUGUUGUAUGAUUACUUUUAAGGCAUCAGAUUCAGUGUUGUAUGAAUACUUUUAAUGCAUCAGAUUCAGUGGCUGA